AUGAAGCUCCUCACCAAGGAAGAAGAAGACGCCCACUACCGACAGGUAGUCAAAGGCGGCACGAUCGGCGGAAUGCUGGGGCUGGUAGGCGGACUGGCCGGCGUGAUGGCGGCGGCACGACGCUACCACACGAUCCGCAACCUGACGCUCCCAAUGAAGGCGUUCCUGGUGACGUCGACGGGGACGUUUGUGGGGAUUGUGGCGGCGGACAGCUCGUCGCGGGCGUUCGAGGCGGAGCGCAACCAGCAGCUGCAGUGGUACGAGGACCGCGAGCAGCGGCUGCGGCACUCGGAGGUGGCGGGGAUGUCGUUCAUCGACCGGGCGCUGAUCUGGGCGCGCCGCGAGAAGUACAAGAUCGUCGGCGCCACAUGGGUCGCCUCCAUGAUCGGGUCGUUUGUGCUUGUCGGCCGCAACCCGUACCUGUCCGGCCAGCAGAAGAUCGUCCAGGCGCGUGUGUAUGCGCAGGGCUUGACGCUCGCCGUGCUGGUGGCGUCGGCGGCGUUUGAGAUCUCCGACCAGAAGAAGGGGAAGGGCAUCCUGGAUGCGCCGAAGCCGGUUGAUGGGGCGCCGCAGGCGCAGAACGUGCAGGCUACGCCCGCCGUGGAGGAGAACCAGGGCGGCGAUCUGUGGAAGGAUAUGGUUGCCGCUGAGGAGGAGCGUCUGAAGAAGAAGCAUGUGUCGCUGUAUGAUCAUCACGACCAGGGCAAGCACGGGGCUGCGGAGAAGGAUGCUCCUGCUGCGGAGAAGGAGGCGGAGAGCGAGAAGAAGCAGUAG